AUGCCUCCGAAAAAGCAGAACCAGACUUCCGAUCUCACCCUUCGGUUCAAACAUCACAAGACCACCAUACUCUUACUAUGUCAAUCGACGCAAACGUUCACAUCAAUCAGACAGGAUCUCCUCAACACAAUGAAAGCCAUCGGCAUCAAGAAUAUAAACCAGAACUCCAUACCAGAAGAUCCAGACGAUGUCAUUUUAGGUGUUCCAAUGGACAAGAACGACCUAAACAAGGGCUGGGUAAAUCUUGAAAUUCCGGAGUUCGAUGAAGGCGACGUAAAAAGCAAAGGUGGUGUGAAGAAAGGGAGUGUGUUGAACAAAAAUCCGCUUGGAGCUGGCUUAGGUGAAGGAGCUCUUCUAGCGUUCAGAUUCAAAGACAAAAACAAGCAGGAGGAUGAGAUGGAACUGGGUGAGGAUUAUGAUGUGAUAAUGCCUAGCUAUGAAGAUGAAUCUACAAGUCAGAGUCAACGGUGA